AUGCUCACGCAGAACCCUAACGAAGCCAUAAGGCCAGACUUCACGACUCAAGAGCACGAAGAUGCACGUCAGAAGCUCAUUGACGAAGGUUUCAACGCCGACCAAGCAGCUCGCUCUCUCUCAGCCCUGUGGACCCUGACCAACAACGCUGAUAAAGAACGUUGGGCCCUCGAACAACGGCGCCGGCACGAGGCUGAACGGAGAGAAGAGGAAGAAGAAGAAGAACGCAGGCAACUAAUCAAAGACGAACAAGAGGCCGCUCGCUUAGAGGAUAGAAAGAAGAACAAAAACAAAUAUGCGCCUCUAGUGCGAGGGAAGGUACCUUCUGACCCAACAAUCAUCCCCGCACAGUACGCUCUAAGGAAAAUGAAAGCGGGAGAUUAUUGCGAGUUGCACUACUUCACCAACAAGGGUCUAGAAGACGCAAAAGUUUCGAACCUCUUAGCAGAACCGGAUGCCUUAGUGAUGCUACCAGCCGCAGAUGGGCUACACUCAUGGGUUCCUGCGGCGGCAGUCAAGGAUCCAAAGUCUGCCCCCAUCGUCAAAGACGAAAAUCUUUCGUGGGAAGACUUCAACGAGGCGGCACCGCGCAUGAUCGCUUCAAUGAAACUACAUGACUGGCCCGACGAUCGAAUAUGCUCAAACAAAGAGCACUGCUACUCUACCAAUUGCAACAACGUCGUCGCUGGCACAUGA